UCCAGCCAUGAAGGUAGCCAGCAUCUUUCUCCUCACUGCCUUGGUCCUGUUGAGUUUAUCUGGUAGUACUAGAGCUAACUUCCUGGAAAGAGAGGCUAAAUGUACAAAUGAAGUGAGUGGAUGUCCCAAGAUUUAUAACCCUGUCUGUGGGACAGAUGGAGUUACUUAUUCUAAUGAAUGCAUGUUAUGUAUUGAAAAUAAGAAACACCGGAUUCCUGUCCUCAUUCAAAAGUCUGGGCCUUGCCGAAAACCAAGUUCUGAAAUCCCAUAAGAACACUAUGAUGCGGUGGCUGGCCUGAUUGCUGAAUAAACUGCAUCUAAACA